AUGGCAAGUCAAAUUAUAUCUACCGAUAUUUUCAUUACAAAGGCAAAAGAAAGGAGUAAGGAAAAACAAGCAGGAGAUUAUGCUGAUUUAUUUGGAACUAAUCAACAUUAUAGCAUUCCUACGAACUAUGAAGAUUUUGGACGAAGAUUUGUGUUAAGUUAUCCAUAUUUUGAGAAAAAUACGGCUAAUAAUGCAGCAGAAGCUGCCUUAGAUAACGCUGCAAAGGAACAUCUGGAAGGCAAAAAAUUAACGAAUAAACUCACACCUGUGAAGGCACCGCCAGAAUUCGUCCUUGCUAUAGCAAAAGAAUCAGCGAUCUUAGAAGCGGCCAAACCGAAAAAUCCCGCAGACGAAGUUAUAAGAAAAGAUAUUUUAAGAACUGGGGACUAUUGGGACAGCGUAUGGAAAGAAGAUGUAGACCCAGAUAAGGUGUUACGAUCAUCCAUUGACAAUCAAAAUGAACUGGAACCGUUUACAGUAGAAAUAUCACCUGGAUCGAAGCUUUACGAUCUUAUAUCAGUUUUGAAACAAAAAUCACCUCGUCUUCUUUAUGUUAUUAAUAAAAAUAAUUACGAAUAAA